AUGGCGCCAGGACGAACGAUAAAACGGAGGCGUGUCAGUCCUCCAGACGACGACGAGAAUGGGCCCUCUGGCCCAGCCGACUUCUACUCCCACGCCGCCGAAUGGGACCUCGAACAAGACUACGAGCGACGACCGCGCAAGUUGAAUCAGAAGGAGAAGGAGAGGACUCGACUCCCUAUCAAGACUUCGGAAGGCUUUCAGAAUGUCGAGGCGUCCGAAUCGGAAGGGGAAUCUGACAGCUUUAUUGGGACCGACGACGACGAGAUGGACGAAGAUGACGAGGCGCCCGAUGAAGAGGCUGAAGAUAGCGAAGAAGAGGCACCGAAGAUACCAUUGAAGCAGCAGAUACUACAAGCCAAGGAGGAAAUUGCGAAAGCCGCGACUUUGAUCAACGAGGACCCGGAGGAACAUAUUUCUUCGUUCAAAACAAUGGCCGAAAUGGUAGAGAAUGGAUCGCACGUCGCAAUCAAGAAAAUCGCCCUCGCAUCGCAGGCUGCCAUUUACAAGGAUGUCAUUCCGGGCUACCGAAUUCGUCCUCUGAGCGAGGAGGAGGCAUCUGCAAAGGUCUCCAAAGAUGUGCGCAAGCUCCGAAGUUUCGAGCAGUCGCUUCUUUCUGGAUACAAGCACUACGUUCAGACUCUUCUGAGUUUGACCAAGUCGUCGAAGAAAGAUAGCGCAGGCGCAGAUGCGAGCUUGAAGAGCGUUGCGAUUAAUUGCGCGUGUAACCUUCUCCUCUCCGUUCCGCAUUUCAAUUUUCGUGCCGAGCUGCUGAGGAUCCUCGUCAAUCAGCUAGCUAGAAGACGCGUCGAUGAUGAUUAUGUCAAGUGCCAGGAAACUCUCCAGGAAGUCUUCUACCGUGAUGAUGAUGGGAUUGUCUCGCUUGAAGCCGUUCGCCUUCUCUCGAAAAUGAUGAAAGCUAGAGACUUCAAAGUGCACGGAAGUGUCUUGGAUACGUUCCUCCACCUCCGUCUGCUGUCCGAAUUCUCUUCCAAGGCCUCAAGAGAUCGAGUAGACCGCGAUGAUGACGAGGAGAAUACUCUCGGCAGCAAAAAGCCCAAAAACAAGAAGGAAUUCCGGACGAAACGCAACCGCAAACUGGAAAAAGAACGCAAGGCCGUGGAGAAAGACAUGAAGGAAGCCGACGCGCUUGUUUCGCACGAGGCCAGAGACAAAAACCAAGCUGAAACGCUGAAACUCGUCUUUGCCACCUAUUUCCGCAUUCUCAAACUCCGAGUGCCCAACCUCAUGGGUCCUGUGCUCGAGGGUCUGGCCAAAUACGCCCACAUGAUCAAUCAAGACUUCUUCGGGGAUCUCCUUGAAGCUCUGAAGGAUCUUAUCGGCCACGCCGAGGAAGACCUACAGAACGAAGGCAAUAACCCUGCUGAUGAAGACGACGUAGCCGCCGACUCCAACCCCAAUUCUACAAACCGAGACUCCCUCCGCGAAUCCCUCCUCUGCACCGUAACCGCCUUCGCCCUCCUGGAAGGCCAAGACGCCAGCAAAGCAGCGGCAGCCCUUCACCUCGACCUCAGCUUCUUCAUCAAACACCUCUAUCGAACCCUCUACUCCCUCUCCACGAACCCCGACGUCGAAUACAACCCUAACGCCAGUAACGCCCUCCGCCUCCCAGACCCCUCCUCAUCGACGCCACAAUACACCCGCAAAAACAAAGUCAACUUCCAAACCCCCAUGGUCCUCCUUCUUCGCUGUCUCAAUGCCUCCCUCCUCUCCCGUGCCAAUGGCGUCCCACCCCCCGUCCGUCUAGCGAGUUUCGCUAAACGCCUAAUGACGACCUCCCUGCAGGUCCCCGAGAAGUCUGCAAUCGCGACUCUGUCCCUCCUCAACCAGGUAUCGAGACACCACGCGCGCCGAAUUUCGUCACUGUGGUACAGCGAGGAGCGGAAAGGUGAUGGAGUGUUCAACCCCUAUGCAACAGACAUCGAUACAACGAAUGUAUUUGCGGGUACAGUCUGGGAAGGAGAGCUAUUGAAGUUGCAUUAUUGUCCCCAGGUUCGCGAGGCUGUUAGCGGGAUUGAGAAGAUGAUUGUUACAAGGAAUUAG